UAUUUACGUUUUAAAAGAAAACUUACAAUUUAAACUGAAUACUUUGCUGCGCCUCUCUUAGCUAGUGAGCAUGCCCAGCACUGAGCCGCGUGCUCUUCAUUGACAGAACCGCCAAGCAACUCCGCAGUGGUGCCAAGCCAUGGGAUCGCGCAUACGAAGAGGCUUCCACCUUGUUGUCGACCUACCUGUCAAGAUCCUGCUUUUACAUUUUACCUUCGCACACAUCCAAGCCUUUGAAGCUGUGGAUCAUUCAUCUCUGACUGGGAUACCAGGAACACACACAAGACUGCCAGCAAGAACAAAUCUGAGUAAUUACAUCAGCAGUAACUGCCCAAUUGGACACUUCCCAUGUGGAAAUCUAACAGUGUGUUUACCUCAAGUGCUGCAUUGCAAUGGCGUCGAGAACUGUGAAAAUGGCGCUGAUGAGGAGAAUUGUGGAGAUAACAGCGGAUGGGCUGACAUUUUUGACAAGUCGGUAAAAAAACCUCCAAAUAAGACGAUUCCCGAAGACUGCUUUUUGCAGCAGUAUCCUGAGAACUGUAAAUGCAAGGAAACCGAAGUGGAAUGUGUGGAGGUAAACCUGAAGACCAUCCCUUUAGUUUCCACAAAUGUAACUCUGCUGUCUCUCAAGAAGAAUGAAAUUUGGAAGCUUCCAGAAGAGGCCUUCUCAAAAUACACAGAUUUGCAAAACCUGUUUCUGCAGAAUAACUGUAUCAGAAGAGUGGCAGGAAGUGCAUUUGCUAAACUCUACAAACUUGACAAACUGUAUCUUAGUCAGAACUGCAUCACUUCACUGAAGCCAGGAGUUUUUAGUGACCUUCAUAAAUUACGUUGGCUAAUUCUUGAUGACAACCCAAUAAAGAAGAUUUCUCAGCAAGUGUUCACAGGACUUCAGUCAUUGAUUUUCUUAUCCAUGGUAAAUAAUAAGCUAGAACAACUUCCAAAAAUGAGAAUGUGCUCAGAGAUGCCACUUCUAAACUGGGUGGAUUUUGAAGGAAAUCAAAUCAAGACUUUAAAUUUUUCCACUCUGAUGAUGUGCAAUGAGCUUACAGUUCUGUCUCUACGUGGAAAUAAGAUUUUUCUGCUACCAGAAGAUACAUUUCAGCCAUUAAAAAAACUGGGAGAAUUAGACUUGUCCAGCAAUGGGAUUAGAGAACUUCCUCAUCAUAUUUUCAGAGAUUUAAAAUUUCUACAGAUUCUGAAUAUAUCAAACAAUCCCUUGAAACAAAUACACAGCAGUCAGUUUGAAAGCUUAAUCCAGCUUCAGUCUUUAGUUCUAGAAGGAAUUGAGAUUCCCAAUAUUCACACAAGGAUGUUUAAGCCUAUGAAGAACCUCUCCCACAUCUAUUUCAAGAAAUUUCAGUACUGCUCCUAUGCACCUCAUGUACGGAAGUGCAAGCCAAACACAGAUGGAAUUUCAUCUUUUGAAGACCUGCUGGCCAACAUCAUACUUCGAGUGUCAGUCUGGGUUAUUGCAUUCAUCACCUGCUUUGGCAACGUAUUUGUCAUCUGCAUGAGGUCUCUUAUACGAGCUGAAAACACUCGGCAUGCCAUGUGCAUCAAAGUAUUGUGUUGUGCCGAUUGCCUAAUGGGAGUGUAUCUCUUCUUUGUGGGAGUUUUUGAUGUCAAAUUCCGGGGUGAAUACAACAAGCAUGCGCAGCUAUGGAUGGAAAGCCUUCAGUGUCGGACAAUAGGAUUUCUGGCCAUGCUGUCUUCUGAAGUCUCUGUCAUGCUGCUGGCCUACUUGACUUUGGAAAAGUACUUGGUCAUAGUCUUUCCAUUCAGCAACAUUCGGCCAGGCAAAUGCCAGACUUGUAUCAUUCUAGGCUCAAUAUGGGUUAUUGGAUUUUUAAUUGCUGUCAUCCCACUGAUGAGUGAGGAUUUCUUUGGGAAUUAUUACGGAAGAAAUGGAGUUUGUUUUCCACUCCAUUCUGAUCAACUGGAAAAGCCAGCAGCGAAAGGUUACUCAACUGGAAUAUUUCUAGGACUGAACUUGCUAGCCUUCCUCAUCAUCGUGUUUUCUUACACGAGUAUGUUCUACUCCAUCUACAAAACUGGACUGCAGACUACUGACAUGCAGAAUCGCCUUCACCGGGAUGUUGCUGUUGCCAACAGAUUUUUCUUUAUCGUGUUCUCUGAUGCCCUCUGCUGGAUACCAAUAUUCUUAGUGAAAAUCCUCUCACUGCUGGAAGUGGAGAUUCCAGGAACAAUAACAUCGUGGGUGGUGAUAUUUAUUCUCCCCAUCAACAGUGCCUUGAACCCCAUCCUUUAUACUCUUACUACAAGCUUCUUUAAAGAAAAAGUGGAACUCCUGCUCUGCAAGUGGCAACAAAAUGCAUCUAACAGGAAAAGCAGAAAAAGUGUGUCGAGUUCAGUUGUUUAUAUCGACAGCUCCCGUCACCCUUCAUUACAUUUAGGAUUUUUCCAAAGAAUAUCAAUCUGAGAGAUGGAGGCAAUACACUCAUGUGGAAGAAGUGAAAUGCAAGGCAAGCUAUGGAGCAUCCAUUGCAUCAGCAGGUGGGGUCCAAUAAAAACUGUGCAUCCACACUUAACUAUUGGCAGCUUCACAGCUUAUGAACGAGAGUUACAUCCUAAAGCGACUGCUCACAAAGGAUCAGCGCUGAAGAGAACUCUUUCAGAUCUCAGCUAAAGACUUGUGUGAAACACAAUGAGGAUGCAUUGACAGUUUAUACUUGAGGUCACCAACCAACAAGCAGCUAAUAGUCAGCUAAAGCUACAUUUACACACACAAUAUAAGGAAUACCUUUUCUUUAAACUAUUGCAGUCAUGCAAUUCUUAAUUUAAAAUGAAUAAUGUAUUCUAUAUAUAGUAAUAUAUUUUGACUACUGAAUAUUGUAUUGGUGACACAAGUAAAGGGUAUGAAACAUGGCAGUUCGCUAUUCUAA